ACAUCUGGUGGCGAAAUGAAGACCCUGCAAGUGGAUGUUAAAGAACCGUAUUGUCCCUGUGCGCUUUCCGUAGCUUCGCCUCUAACUUCGUUUCCAGUGGAUUCCGGUCUUGUCGAAAUCUCUGCAGAUAGAUAAAACUGAUGUCAGCAUGGAUCCACAUCCUCCCCACCUCAUCAGCGACUGUCUUAUUCAUAUUUUCACGUUUUUGACUGAGGAUGACUUAAUCAGCGCUUCUACCGUCUGUAAGGACUGGUAUGAAGCUGCAGAGACUCCCUGGUUAUGGAGGAGGAUAUGCCUGCAGCGCUGGAGCUUCUGUAACCUCGCCGCCUUGGGGAGUGACCCCGUCAAUCACUCCUGGAAGAGAUACUUCCUGCAGCGAUGCCACCUGGAGAAGAACAUGACAGAAGGUCGGACCGGAGGUUACACGUGCAAAAGCCUGAGAGGGCACGCGGGCAGGGUGGUGGGCCUGGUGUACCUGCGGGGGAAUUCGAGCCUGCGGCCGGACCUUUCUAAGAGCAGUGCAGUUGUCUGCAGCGCGUCCGCUGAUGGGACGGUUCGAGCAUGGGACAUCCAGAAUGGCGAGAGCCUGUGGUGCAGUCCUGUGCAGAGUCCUUUGACGGGCAUCAUAGCUGAUGAGAAGCGGGAAGUUAUCGUCACAUCAGACUCUACUGGUAACAUUAAGACCUGGCAGGGCCAGAGUGGCCAGGAGCUGGCCUCUUUUUCUACUGAUUCGUCACACUGUACUCUACUGCAGUACAACAUCGACACUGAUUGGUUCCUGACUGUUGGAACUGGUCAGGGGUCGAUUUGCACACUAGCCGAUUUGACUUUGACUAAAAAGUCCAGUCUAAUGGUGUGUGACUCUUUCAGAGUCAACGUCCUCCUGGUUUCACCCGACAAGAAGUGGAUUUUCGCUGGAACAAAGGAAAAUGUUGAUAUAAGUCCAAAGGUGAUUUACAGCGAGAGCUUGACCUCACCGUCUGAGGACGAAGAUCCUCUGUGCCAGUCUGUGCCAGUCCCCGGGUGCCAAGCUGCUGUCUUCAUACCCACCCAGCCCGCCAGACUGGCCAUCAUCCACCACACUGGGCCCAGAGGCAACAAAGCCCUCGCUGUCUUCGAUGUCAGCAUUAAAAAGAUGAAGUACAAGACGGAGAUCCAGGUCCAGCAGGUGGAGUCCUUCUCCUUGACACUUUGCAGCUCCUCCUCAGAAAUCCUCCUAGAGGCCAAGAACAGCAACUGCAUAGUCCUGGCAGCCGGAGCGCAGCUGUGGGCGUAUUCACUGAAGGGGGCCUUGCUUGCUAGUUUUAAAGAUCACACCAUGCCCAUCUCCUCUAUAUGCGUGGACUGCUUUCGUGUCGUGACAGCGUCUCAGGACCUCUCCUUACGCGUUUUGACGUGGAAGAACGACCGAGACAGCGGGCUCACCCUGGAGAGUCAGUACCACUUACUGGGAGGCUCUCACGCAAUGUCCAGAGGGUUCACUCACGUCGCCUGUGACUACUCCAGCAUCGUGGCUUCGGUAGAAGGAAACAACGGGAAGGAUGUCCUUAAAGCUUACUCUUUCACAUCUUGAGCAUCACAGCCCAGCAAAAAGACCAACGCAGUUUACACAACCUUUCAACAUUUGAUUUUAUUAUGGACUCUUGGGUUCUAGAGUGAGAUCAUGUUGGCGGUAAACUAGGACGCAACAACAUGCACUUUGGUUGUUGAGAAAUGAAUGUUCUUUAACUGUGCUUAAAACAAGGAGUGCUGAAUGCACCAAGGCUUAAGGCAGAGUGUUUUAAAUCGAAUAUUCUAAUCCGUUCUUUGAAGUGUUACCUAAACUGUACUAUGGUAAACUUAUGCAUUUUCUUCCUAAUAUUGCAAAAUAUAAAAGUUCAAAUGAAUUCA